CCAGUUUAGUUCGCAGAAAAACUUUAUAAAAAAUUGAUAGCUAUACUAAAAUGUCCAAAAAGAAUCGUCGUCCGCCCAAUUUACCGUAUCCGAACGAGUGGCUCAGUUUCCAAGCAUUGAGUGAUGAUGGUGAAACGUUAACGCAAUAUCGAAUCCAAGACUUAACACCCAGUCGAUUUGAAGAUGCUGUGAAACAUAUGACAAGACAUUUUCUAUCGGAUGAGCCAUUGUGUCAGUCGCGAAAACUCAGAGCUCAUCCCCGAUCGAUUUGCGACUUUCAAGAUAUAAUUCGGUCAACGAUGUUAGAGAAUAAAAUGACUAUUGCCUGUUUCCGGGAAGGUUCGAAUGAUAUUGUUGGAAUGAACAUUUUAUGCAUUAAUCGGCGCGACGAUGGAAUCGAUAUGCAAGAUUAUCAAUGUCCACACAUCAACGACAUCAGAACGACAAGGGAGUACAUAAUGGGACAAGUGGAUCUGUUCGACCAAUAUAGCGUCAGCAAAUAUCUGACGAGUCUUGGAGUGUCAGUGAGCCCGUAUUAUCGUAAUCGUGGUGUAGCACGGAAACUUCUCGAGGCUCAACAAUAUGUGGCAAAGUCGUUUGGCAUUAGCUUGUAUUCCAAUCUAUUUACAUCCGAGUUCUUACAAAAAUGUGCUAAUUCUUUAAAUUACGACAAAAACUACGAAAUCACGUAUGAAAAUUUAGCAGCGAAAGGAAAUGUGUUCUCUUAUCCAAAUAUUACAAGCGAAUGUGUCCAGAUAAGAAGCUGUACUGUUAAGCUGUUCUAGGCUGACAAGGCAUCUAGUGUUUACGAUCGCAUAUUUGGUAUCAAAUGAACAACAACAGACAAGAAAUAUUGAAAGAUUGCAGUGUCGAAUAAUGAUGGUCAUGAAAAAUUGGCUCUUAUUAUUUUUCAAUUGUAGUCAAUACCUCCACUUCACACACGGAUAAGUUUAACUAAAUGCAACAGAUAUCUGAGAAAAGUCAUUCAACUGCUCAAAGGGAUUCAGUGAACUUAUAGAUACAUUUUAUAGGAGAAUCGAGUGUGUAAUUUUAAUGAGUAUUUAUAGUAAUGUGGUCACCAUGAUGUAACUCAAGUUACUCGAAUUUUUCUUGUGUCUUUUCAAAAUAAUUAAAAUUUUGUUAAUUUAAGAGCGCAGCUAUUCUUCUUCUUCUUCUUUGGUUAUUGACUCCUACUAAUUCAAAAUUCGAAAUUAGUUUCAAGAGCCAAUUUGCGAAACCUUCGAACGAUUUGUGUGGAACAGGAGCACAAGCAAUGGAAUGGAAUCGUUGGAUCUUUCUGAGUUCAGUUCCUUGAAACAUUCUCUUUUCCAUACUAAAACAGUUAAAAAACUUGGUCUACUCGGAGGACGUUAUCGUUUAAUUACUUUAACAUUGUAGCUCUAACUCUAGCUGUAAGUCCCCUCGGACGGAAAUAUAUUGGUAGACAUUCCGAAAACGCUAGUUUGGCAAUAAACAAAAAUCCAAGCGUAAUAGACGAGGAAAUUAAACAUUUUCUUUAAACUAAGCCAAAAGAAACUCCAAUUGUUGACCAUAGUCAUUUACCAUCUAGCUUUGGAUAGAUAAUGACCUACUAUCCAAAGCAACAGUAAUUUUAAGCAUACGGGGUGUUCCAAUCUGUUUGAUAUAUUUUCUCCGAACUCUUCGAACUUUGAACGCCUUUUUGGUAGACUUUUUUUUGCAAUAAAACCGUUGCCGCUGCUUAGUCGCUCUAAAAAAGCUGUAAAAUGAUGCCCAGGAAGGUCCAACAAUUUUAUUAUUACAAACAUUUCGAAAGUCGCCGAUGACUUGUUUAAAAUUGUUGGAACUUUUCGCAAAUUCACUCUUUUAUAAGUAGUCGAAGGGUUUUUGUCCUAGUCAGUGCCACAAAAUUUCUAUGUUUAUCAUCCGCUAUCUUGUCGAUCAAUUCAACAUCAAGGCAUCCCUGAACAUCCACGAAUAAUGGGCUUUCGAAGAGUUUUGUUUUCUUGUUCAAUUAAAAUCUGUGAGACAUAUUGUCUGACACAGGUCUAACACAGUCAUUAUUGCCGUCAAAUUGUCUACAAAGACAACAA